AUGAUCAUCGGGACCAGCGCUUCGAGGCGCAGUAUGCGCCUCUCCCCAGAGGUUAGCAGAAUUCUCUAUUUGAGGAACCUGCCAUAUAAGAUCUCCGCCGAGGAGCUAUACGACAUCUUUGGGAAGUACGGAUCAGUGCGACAAAUUAGAAAGGGUAACAGUCCUAGGACUAACGGCACUGCCUUCGUCGUGUACGACGACAUAUACGACGCCAAAAACGCCCUCGACCAUCUGUCUGGGUUCAACGUUGCAGGCCGGUAUCUGGUUGUACUGUACUACAACCCGACCCGUCUCAACAAGCGCAAGGACCUCGACAAGGAGCAAGAGGAACUUGACAGAGUCAAAGCCACUUUGAACAUGAACAACUAG